CCUUCAAGUCACUUUAUUUCCUCGUGUCGGCAAUGUCUGUUCGCUACUCGAGAUCUGUAACUGGAGCCCCAAAUGUGGGCUCCCUAUCUGUCAGGAAAUCUACGCAAAGCUUUCAGAGAGUAGGAAGCUCCGCUGGUGGAGGUGGAAGUGGGGGAUAUGGUGGUGGAUAUGGUGGUGGAUAUGGCGGUGGAUUUGAUGGUGGAUUUGGGGAUGGACGCGGCCUAGUAAUGAAUGGAGGAGGUGGUUUUAGUGAGGCUUACUCCGCUGGAGGUGGUGGGGGUUAUGGCGGUGGAUUUGGUGGAGGAUCUGGGGUAGAAUUUGGUGGAGGUUCUGGAGUGAGGUUUGGUGGCGGUUCAGGUGGAGGAUAUGGUGGUGGUUUUGGUGAAGGACUUGGUGGGGGGUUUUCCAUCGGUGGAGGUUAUGGGGUUGGCGGAGGUGGUAUUCUUGACACCAACGAAAAGCAAACAAUGCAGAACCUUAAUGACCGCUUAGCUAAUUACCUGGACAAAGUGAGAGCUUUGGAAGAGGCUAACGCUGACCUGGAACGCAAAAUCCGAGAGUGGUAUGAGAAGCUACGUCAAACGUCUACUAGUGUGGGAGCCCCCGACUACAGCAAAUAUCAACCACUGAUUGACGACCUCAGAGAAAAGAUCCUAAAUGCUACCGUUGAAAAUGCCAAGCUCAUUCUACAAAUUGACAACGCCAGGCUGGCAGCUGAUGAUUUCCGACUGAAGUAUGAGAAUGAGCUGACUCUUCGCCAGACUGUGGAGGCUGAUAUUAAUGGUCUGCGUCGGGUCCUGGAUGAGCUGACCCUCUCUAAAUCUGAUCUGGAGUUCCAGAUAGAGUCCCUGAACGAGGAACUGAUUUAUUUGAAGAAGAACCACCAGGAGGAAAUGGCAUCCCUCACCGGAGGACCAGCCGGCCAACUUACCGUUGAGAUGAACGCAGCCCCGGGUAUCGAUCUCAUGAAAUAUAUCAACGAAAUGAGGGAGCAAUACGAGGCCAUUGCUGAGAAGAACAGAAGGGAGGCAGAAGCCCGGUUUCUCGAGCAAACCAAAGAACUGACGACACAGAUCACAACAGGAGUGGCUCAGGUGCAGUCUUCAAGCACCGAGAUCACAGAACUGAAACGUACUCUUCAAGGGUUGGAGAUCGAGCUGCAGUCCCAGCUGGCCAUGAAAAGGUCCCUGGAGUCCACCCUGGCCGAAACAGAGGGUCGAUACUGCGUACAGUUAAGCCAAAUACAGAACACAAUCAGUGGAGUCGAAGAGCAGCUGGCCCAACUCAGAUGUGAUAUGGAAAACCAGAGUGAUGAGUACAAGCGGCUCCUAGACAUCAAAACCCGACUAGAGAAGGAGAUUGAAACAUACCGCAAACUUCUGGAUGGAGAAGGAGGUGCAAUUUCAUCCGGGAUAUCCUACGGCGGAAAGUCCCCAGCCCAUUCGGUGGAUUCGUCAAAAGAUCCGAACAAAAGCAUGAGAGUUAGGACGGUUAUUGAGGAGGUGCAAGACGGGAAGGUUGUCUCAAGCACCACGAAAGAAGUUAGGCAGAAAUACUAGAAGAUGCCACCAAGAAUCUUUGAAAGUUCUGCUUUUCUAUAAAUUCUACACGGAACAUUAAUGCCUUCAAGUUCUCGUUCUUCACUGAAAUAUUGCUCCUUUUUUUUCAAUAAACUUCAAGCAUUCGAA